CCUUCCCUCCAAAUUCUCCUCUGCUAAAAAAUCACCGUUUCUGAUGAAGAAUUCCUCUAGGGUCUAGACAUUCAGAUCCAUAUAUCACAAGAAAAAACAGAUCGAAACACAAGUAGUAUUGCUGACAAAGCAUGGACGAAACCUUGAAAGAUCGAAGCUCUCUCGCUGCUCCUCUGGUUUUCCUCGUCGUCUUCGUUCUCCAUCUCAUCCCAAAAUGUCUGGACCUGCUAAAGAAGAAAGGUUCAAUGAGUGCAGAGGAAAUCAAAUUGCGUGCAGAAAUAAAGCAACUUCUAAAAGAAGCAAGUGCUUUAUCCCAGCCAUCAACAUUUGCCCAAGCAGCAAAACUUAAAAGGACAGCGACAGCUAAGGAGAAGGAACUUCAGAAAAGUCAGGAGAUGCAAAACAAAAAGAUAUUUUCCCAUGAUAAAUAUCUGAAAGCUGUAAUGGCUUUGAAGGGAAUCACAUAUCUUGCAUUGAUUUUCUGGUUUUGGGGCAUUCCUCUUGCUACAUUCUCUCCUCAACUUCUGCAACCUUUGGGGAAGCAACUGUCGUGGAGUGCUGGAGGUCCUGUAAAUGGCAAUGCUGUGGUUGGUAUUAUACCUUGGAUAGUAUUAUCUGCGCGAGUGAGCAAUUUAAUUUGUCAGAAGUUCCUCAAGUAGUCGACAUCAUUUGAGUUGUAAUAUUAGUUGCCUUCACACCCAAAGAUCAAACCUCUACAAUUUCAUUGUAUUAAUCUUUAGUUAUAUUUGUUAUUGAUGCUUUUUUCCCUUUUUGGUUUAGGGGAGGGGAGUCUAUCUACUUCAUUGGAUUUGU